CGAAGUGAAUACCGCAUUUUUGUUUUGUUUUGUUUCGAAGUUUCCAAAAUAAGAUUUUUUUUUCUUGGUGAAACCAAUCAAAUAAAUAACCCGAUAAAUUUAAUCAACAGAAUUGAUUUUGAAGGUGGUGGUCUAUUAUCGUUUGUGAAUAAACCAAAAGAAAAAAAUGUCCGAAAUGGAUGAUAAAGAUAAAAUGAAAACCGAAAAUAAAGAUGAAGAAAAAGAACAAUGUUGUUGGUUACCAUUAGAAUCUGAUCCAAUAAUAAUGACUGAUUAUCUUCGUUCAUUAACAAAUGGAUCAACAACAACGAUAACAAAUGAUCGUUAUUUAAUUGAUAUACCAUCGAUUGAUUUAGUUGAUGAAAUGGGCAUAUUUGAAUUUCAUAAUAUUAUAGCAUAUAUAUUUUUAUUUACAAUGAAAACUUAUCGUCGAUUGGGUGAAUAUGUUCCAUUGGAUGAUGAUCGUAUUAAAAAUCUAUUCUUUAUGCGACAAUUUGUACAAAAUUCAUGCGGUUCAGUUGCAUUAUUUCUUGCUUAUAUUAAUACAAUUUCAUCGGAUAAAUUGAUCGCUGGUAAUAAUAAUGAUUCAUUGAUUGGUUGUUUUUUUCAGGAAAAUCGUAAUCAUACCCCUGAAGAACGUGGACAUUCAUUUGCAUCGAAUCAAUCAAUAAAACAAUUACAUCAUAAUCAAGCAAUGAUUGGUCAAAGUCAAUUACCAACUGAUGAACAAUUAUCAAAUAUUGAUUAUCAUUAUGUUGCAUUUGUUCCAUAUAAUGGUCAAAUAUUUGAAUUGGAUGGUCGUCAAUCAUCACCAAUUCUACAUUCAUCAUUGCCAUCAUCGAAUAAUGAUAAUGAUAAUUUUCAACGUAAAACAUUGGCCAUAAUCAAACAAUAUAUGCUUCAAGAUCCGGAUAGUUUACAAUUUUCAUUACUUGCAUUAUGUUCUUCAUGAUUUUCAUGAUAAAAUCCAUUGUCAUUUUUGAUUAUUAUUUCUAUGUUUUUGAUAAUGAUCAAAAAUAAAAUAAAA